AUGACAACUUCUAAAGAAGACGGAACUGAAAAAUCUUCAGUACAAGUAGCAAUCAGAAUACGACCAAUAUCAACAGAACUUAAUCCCAAUUUACCAACUAGAUUUCAACGUCAAAUACUUUCAUUAUCUCCACCUAACACAAUAUUAGUUCAAUCAGAAAAAAAACAAAUAUUUAUUCUAGCAUAUGGACAAACAUCAUCUGGUAAAACUCAUACAAUGGGUACAGCUGAUAAUUCAUCAAUACCUUUUGAAUCUAAAGUAUCAUUUAUUGAAAUUUAUAAUGAAGAUUUAAUUGAUUUAUUUGGGGAAGGAGGUGACUCAGAUAAUAAAUCACAUGUAACAAUAAGAGAAGAUUUAAAAGGCAAUAUUUUAUGGAGUGGAUUACAAGAAAUUAAAGUAAAUUGUGUAGAUGAAUUAAUGGGAGGAUCACAAAAUCGACAAGUAGGAGCUACGCAGAUGAAUGCUCAAUCUUCAAGGUCUCACGCAAUAUUUAGCGUUACCAUGACACAACAAAAAUAUGUUCAAAGAUCUUCUUCACCUACACCACCAAGACCGCCAACAAGAAGAUUAAGUAAACGACUUGAUGAAAGUCCUGGUGAAUUAGUAACGGUUGUUAGUAAAUUUCAUUUUGUAGAUUUGGCUGGUAGUGAAAGACUAAAACGAACAUCUGCAUUAGGAGAUCGAGCCAAAGAAGGAAUAUCAAUAAAUUCCGGUCUACUCGCUUUGGGUAACGUAAUUUCUGCAUUAGGUGAUCCCAACAAAGCCAAACAUACUACACAUGUGCCAUAUCGAGAUUCUAAACUUACGAGAUUAUUACAAGAUUCAUUAGGUGGUAAUGCUCAAACAUUAAUGAUCGCAUGUGUCUCAUCCACCGAAUAUAAUUUAAAUGAAACUGUUAAUACCUUAAAAUAUGCUAAUCGAGCUAGAAACAUUAAAAAUAAUGUUAGCAUAAAUCAGGAAGAAGCGGGUUGGAAUGAUUUAGAUCAUUUACAAACUUUAGUAAAUAAAUUAAGAACAGCUUUAACUCCUACAACAACUACUACUAAUCAUGAUGAUGAUGAUUCUACAAAUAAUGAUUCAACUACAACAAUUGAUAAUAAUUCUUUUCAAGAAGUAGUUGAACCGGUUAUAGAAGAAUAUGAAAAAUCAAUUUCAGCUUUAGAAAGUCAACUCGCUUUAAAUCGUGCUGCCCUCGCUCAUGCCGAAUCCGUGAUGUCCGAUCAAGAAACUAGAUUGGAAUAUGCUGAACAACUUAAUUUUAAUAAUCAAAAAUUGAUUUCGGAUUUAAAACAAAAAAUUAUUAAUAAUGAUUUAUUGUCAACUGAUCAGGAUUUAAAAUUAUCUGAUAAAAAACGUGAAAUCGAAAAUCAAUUGAAUGGUAAUAAAAUUAAAAUGAUUGAAUCAUUGGAAUUUAGAUUAAAAGAACGUGAAUCUUCUUUUCUGGAAUUAGAAGCUAAAUUUACUAAAUUAUUACAUGAAAAUGUUAGUGAUAAUAAUAGAGAUGAUGAUGGCAAAAAUGUUAUAAAUGAUGAUAAAAUAGGUGAUUUAAAUAAUGAUGAUGAUAAGAAAGUUUUAUUGAAUGAGAUAAUAACUCGUGAUAAAAGAAUAAAUUUACUUGAAGAAAAUGUUAAUGAACUUGUAAUCGAACUUGAUAAAUUUAAAAUGCCAAAAAUACAAAAUCUAAAAAACGAAAACAACGAAAACAAUGUAAACAAUGAAAAAAAUGGAAAUAUUCAAGAGAAUAACCAAGAAGAGACUAUUCAAGAGAAUAUUCAAGAGAACAUUCAAAAGAACAUUCAAGAUAACAUUCAAGAAAACAUUCAUAAUGAAGAAACUUUAAAAUCAAAAUUAGUUUCACUUCAAGAACUUCAUGAAAAAACCGUCGCAGAAUUUUCUCAAAUUAAUACUAAAUAUCAAGAAUGUCUUGAAGAAUUACAAGAUAUUAAAAUUCAAUUAUCUCAAUCAAAAUUAAAUGAAGCAAGAUUUAUGAUCAUUAAUAAUGAUAAUGAAUCAAUUGAAGAGGAGGAUGAUGACCCUUCCACUCCCAUGACUCCAAUUUCUCCUUCUUCAAAUAAAGAAUCAUUAAUACAAGAUUUAAAAUUACAAUUAGAUUUAUUAAAAGAUAUUCGACGUAAAUAUGAAAUGUUUGAAAUAUUAAAAAACGAUUUCAUGGAACAAGAUAAUUUACGUAAAAAAUAUGAAGAAAAAGAAAUUGAAGUACAAAAUUAUAAAAAUCAAUUGAUGCAAGUUCAAAUUCAACAAGAUGAAAUGCAAUUCGAAAUUAAUGAUUUAAAAGAACAAUUAUUAUUAAAUCAAUCAAAUUCAAAUAAUGAUGAUGAAUUACAAGAGAAAAUUCGGUCACUUAAUGAAAGAGAAUUAAAAUUAUCACAAGAACUAGUUAAUUUACGAAUUAUUGAAUCUGAACAAAAAGAAAAAAUUUAUUUAUUAGAAUCCAAAUUAUCGAUGAAAAAUCAAUGGAUAAAUUUUCAAGAAAAACAAGAAAAACAAGAAAAAUCACUUAAAUCAAGUUCAAGUUCACUUUGGACAGAACGAGGAUUUAAUAAGGAAAUUGAAAGUUUACGUUCUUUGGAUACUUUCAUUCAACAACAACAUGAAAGUAAAAUUUCCGAUCUAGAAAAUGAAAUCUUCUCUCUUAAUCAACAAAAAUCCCUUAUCGAAAUUAAUUCAAAUUCUGAAAUUUCUAAAUUAAUUAAUGAAAUUAAAGAAUUAGAGUUAAAACUUGUUGAAUCACAUAUGGAAUCUGAAAAUUUAAAAUCUAAAAUUUUAAUUUUACAAGAUUCCGAGAGUGAUCAAAAAUCUUUAACUCUACAAUUACAAUUUAAUUCUCUUGAAUUAGAAUUAUCAAAUUUAAGAAAUUCGGCGAAGAAACAAAAUGAAUAUGUUUUUCAAUUGGAAGAAGAAUUACAAUCUAUUAAACUGGAAUUAAGUACUUAUAAAGAGAAUAUUAAAAAUAUUAAAAGUACUGAAAAAUUAAAUGAAUCAUUUACCACAAAAGCUAUUAAAGAACGAGAUGAAAAAAUUCUAAAUUUAAUAAAAGAACGCGAUGAGAAUCAACUCAAAAUUUUGAAUUUAGAUUUAGAAAUCAAAUCAAUUAAAGAACAAAAAGUUUUAAAUACCCUAGAUAUCGAAAAUUCUAAACUUGAAAUUGAAAAUUUAAAGAAAAAAUGUGAUCAGUUAGAAAAAUCACUUGAUGAAACUAAAAAAGAAUCUUUGGAUAUGAGUAAUAAAAACUUAAUAAAUGCUUCGAUAGUUGAAGAACUUACAAUUCAACUUGAAAAAUUCCAAAAUGAAGCAAAAUUAUAUCACGAACGGGUUGAUUCAUUAGAAGUAAUUAAUAAACAAUUGGAAUCAGAAAAAAAUUCUCAACUGGUUACCAACGAAGAUCUUUUAAGACAAAUUAAAAAUCUCGGUUUGGAACUUGAAGGUUUAACAUCGGAAUAUACCGAAAUUGCAAAUAAAUAUGAAUUGGUCGAUUUACUUGCUUCCAAACAAAAAAAUAGAAUUAAUGAUUUAGAGACUGAUAAUUUAAAUUUAAGUCAAGAUUUAACGAAAUUGAAAAAUGAAUUUGAUAUUAGUAAUAAUAAUAAUUCAUCAUCAAUCAAAGAUUUAAACGAAAAAAUAUCACAACUUGAACAAGAGAAAGAUUGUUUAUUAGAAGAAAAAAAGAAACUUGAAAAACGAUUAUUAGAAGAAACUUCACCGAGACGUCGUCGUCCAUCUACCAGUACCAUGACAUCGGUAGCUGAAAAUGAACCAGUUGAUCGAUUUAGUAGUAGAUUAUCGACUAGUUCACAAUUAUCAAUUUCUUCUUCGGAAAAUAAUACUCGAGAAUUUCAAAAAAUUUUACAAAAAGUUACAAAACUUGAAAAUGAAAAUAAUCAAAAUGUGGUAUUAAUUGAUUCUUUAGAAUAUGAACUUACCAAGAGUGAAAAGGUGAUAAUUGCGACAAAUCAACAAAUCGAUUUAUUAAAUAAAGAAAAAUCUCAACUCUUUGAACAAAUCAAUCGUUUAAAAUCUCAAUUGGAUGAAACCAUGACCGUACUUGAACAUGAAAAAUAUAAUGUUUACGAAGAGAAAAGAGUUAUCGAAGAUGAAUUGGAAGAAGAAAGAAAAGCUAAAGAAAAUCUUCAAAAAGAAAGACAAGAACUUGAACAUAGAAUGGAAGAACUUAUAGCUAAUACCAAGAAAAAAUCAUUCCUUCAUCCUAUUAUGAAAACCUUAAUUCAUCGAAAUAAAGGCACUCACAGUCGUAACAGCAGUCAAUCUGACUUUUAA